AUGAAUAAACAUACUGAUAAUUAUCAUUAUGGUUACGAACAAGAAAAAGAUCAAUUAGAAACGAUUACAAAUCAAUUAAAUGUUUCAUCAAAUUAUGAAAGAUUACCUUCUCCUUUACCAGUUCAAUCAUCAUUAAAUGAUCAUUGUCAUGAACAUUCAACAGUUAAUUCAAAUAUAGAUAAAAAUGCUAGAAGAAAAUUAAUACUUGCCAGUGGUUUAUGCUUAUUUUUUAUGACAGGUGAAAUAAUCGGUGGUGCAUUAGCUCAUAGUUUGGCCAUUAUGACAGAUGCUGCUCAUUUAUUAACGGAUUUUGCUAGUUUCUUAAUCAGUCUAUUAGCUUUAUAUUUAGCAUCAAGACCAUCUACAAAACGAAUGAGUUUUGGAUGGCAUCGUGCUGAGGUUGUCGGUGCAUUGGCAUCUGUUCUAUUAAUUUGGCUUGUUACUGGUAUAUUAGUCUAUUUGGCUGUGAUACGUAUUAUACAUAAUAAUUAUGAAAUCAAUGGUAAAAUUAUGCUUAUUACAUCAGCUACUGGUGUUGGAGUCAAUAUAAUUAUGUUAUUCACAUUACAUAAUCAUGAUCAUAAUCAUAAUUCAUUAAAUGAACAUUCCCAUCAAGAUUUAAAUUCAUUUCCUGUAACUCAUAUUAAUCAAUUAACUAUCAAUAAUCAUUCACAUGAAAUUAAUCAUGAUAUUCAUAAAGAAUUUAAUCGUCCAAAUAUUACUGUACGUGCUGCAUUUAUUCAUGUAAUUGGAGAUUUAUUACAAAGUAUUGGUGUAAUGAUUGCAGCAAUGGUUAUAUAUUUUCAACCAAAAUAUAAAAUUAUCGAUCCAUUAUGUACAUUUCUCUUUUCACUAUUGGUCCUUAUUACUACCAUUAAUAUAUUACGUGAUGCAUUAAAUGUCUUAAUGGAAGCUACACCACGUGGAUUAAAUUUUAAUGAAGUGAAAAAUUCAUUAAUGAAUAUAAAUGGUGUCAAAGAAAUACAUAAUUUACAUAUGUGGAGUUUAACGACCAAUAAAACAGCUGUCUCAGUACAUUUAGCUAUUGGUAAGUAGCAAUAGGAAAAGGUAAUGAAUGAAUGAAUGAAUGAUUAAGAAACAAUUCAUUCUUAAAUGUUUAUUUAAUAUUUCUGUUAUAUUCGGUUGUCGCUGAUUGCUGUGUCGGAAAAACGCUGAUCACUUAUACUUGGAACGAGGGAUCCCGGCAAUUCCCACGAUGCGAAAAAAAUGAUUCAAAUGCACAAGAAAUAUUAAAACAAGCAAAUCAUCUAUUAAAACAACGUUAUUUAGCACAUGAUGUUACAAUACAAUUAGAAUUAUAUGUUAAAGAAAUGGCUGAUUGUUAUCAAUGUAAAGAACCAUCAAAAUAAGUAGUAUAUAAAAAAAAGUAACUAUAUUCACAGUGAUAAUAUUGUACUUCAUCUAUACACUUAUAUUUGAACGAAUUAGAUAUUAUAUAUUCGUUUAUUCAAAUGAAUAAUAUCUGAUAUUAUCUUCAUUGUAUUCAAUAGUUUAUUAGAUAAUUAAUCUCUAUGAUGAAGCUGAAUAUAUAUUAUUUAUCAAUAUUUUUGUUUAGUAAUUUGAUCUACUUAUAAGUAGUAUAAUCAUAUUAAUUCAAAAAUUUCCAUUCGAAGUACUUGAUAGCGUAGAUCUUACAGUUAGUAGAUUUGUCUAUAAACUUUAUGAUAAACUUAUAUGAGUUAUAAAGACUGUUAUACAUAGAACUUCCUAAAGUUCUUAUUAUUAUGAUUAUUAUUACUAAUUGAAGUAAUCCAUUCAUGUGAUUCAAUGAAACAAGUAAACAAAUUUAACUUCUCUAUUUGUAUCGAUAUUCAUUGAAGAUUAUUGAAUCAUUUUCAUGAUUGAAUUAUAUUCAUCAAUCUAUUGAAUGAUUAUGUAAUAACUUUAAUUUUCUUUUAACAAAUCAUGAUAGACUACUUAUUUAUUUAGUUUGUUAUAUUACUUAUUACAUUAAGGUAUUAUAUCUCUAUAUAGAUAGAUAGAUAGACAGAUAGAGAUAUAAUAACUAAAGUAUAUUAUGCAUUUAUGAUGAUUAUGUUCCCUUUCACAAUGAUGAUGUAACUGUUUCCAAUCAUUUGAAAAAAAGGAUUCAUAUUGUUUUAAUCAGGUUAUUUAAGGUUAUUAUUUUAUAAAUGAUUUCAUAUAAACACAUUUCAUUAUA